AUGUCGCAAGACCCCGAAGAUGAGCUUCCCGCCGAGGAGCUACUGGUCCAUGGCCGUGCAAAGAGAGCCACCGCGGGAAACCGCAUGCACUUUCUCAUGCAACAUCUCGAAGACGAAGAUGUCAGAAACGACCUGCUACAAGAAGACGAGACAGAUCAGGUAGACUACCAACUCUCCGACACGGAAGAUCUGCAGAAGGCCGAACGUCAACAGGCUCGCAAGAAGAAGCGCAAGGCCAACGACUUUGCAAACAUGCCGCUCAACCCUCUCAUGAAACGCCAGAGACUCGCCGCUACCAAUUCAUUGCUUGCUCCUCAGGCCAAGCUGAAGGAGAGUCAAAAACGCUCUGAGAAGGCUCACGAGCUGAUGAAGAUCGCUGCUGAGAAGAAGGCUGCCUCUGCCAUGCCUGCUCUCACCCAAGAGGACCGCAUGAAGAGAGCAUUGAAGGUGGAAAAGGAGAACAGCAGGACUCUCAACCGCUGGGAAAAGGCCGAGGAGGAGCGUCAACUUGCUCAACAAAGGAGACUCGAAGCCUUGCGAGACCGACAACUCGAUGGCCCCGUCUUUAGGUACUGGAGCGGUUCUGUCAUGUGGGAAGGAGAAAAGAUAAAGAUCAAGCGCGUCCACCAACCAAGGGUUGAAGUUGUUGUUGAGAGCAAACCAAAGCCUGUCCCCGAAGUACCGUCGACCGAGACACCUCCUCAGCACACUGCCGUCGAGGCCGAUAAGACACCUAUCUUGAAAAACCCUCCAGAAGUCAGGUCUGCACCUGAACAGGGAGUCCAGCAGAUCGAAGACGCUCCUACGGUGGAUUCUACAGCCGAGCCAAUACCUGCUGCAACAUCGGAUCAAGAAGCCCAGCGCACCCUCAUAAUUCUCGAAGCUUUCCCCGAGCUGGAAGUCGCACCACCCGUCGCACCUUCUAGCAAAAAGUCCGCCACGACAAAUACUAUCAUCUCCUCUGUCCUCAUCCCUGACGCCUUGCCUUCACUCACUCCUCAACAACAGAAAUACCUUACUUCCAAGUCCACAAAGAAGAAGGAAUUUCUGCCACCCCCACCACCUAAGCCCGUCUGUGCGAUCACAGCAAAGCCGGCGAGAUUCAAAGAUCCAAAGACUGAGCUACCAUAUCAGGGCCUGGACGCCUAUAAAGCGCUGCAGAGGGUCAGUGCAGGCGGUUGUAGAUGGGGAGGCCAAGGAUGGGAUUGCUGGAUGGGUAUUGUAGGACAAGGAGUCAUGGGACGGGUUGCCAGAGGUGUGCCUGAGUGUUUUAUCACUGGCAAAGUUCCUGUUAAGAAGGAGGAGAAGGUCAAAACUGAGGACGGAGGAAAGGAGGGCGUGACGCCUGGUCCUGCUGCUCCAGUCGCUCCGGUGGCACCUGUUGCUGCUAACCCACCUGCAUCAGCAUCGGCUCCAGCGCCACCACCUGCUGCGAGCACAUCAGCUAACGCUUCAUAA